AUUCAAUGCUUACAAUGGCGGAAUUAAAAGUAACUACUUUUUACAGCAAUGGAAACAAAUACACCAAACGAAAUCCUUUCACCUAAAUAUUCAUUAGGUCCUCAUGGAAUAGGUGAUCCUAAUGAUACAAGUUUAAGGAAGGUUGAAAUAAAUGUACUUAUACCACAAAUAAUGCGAGAUAGAGCAAAAGAAGAAAAAUGUUUCUUAGAAGUUGAAGAAUUCAAAAAAUGUUGUCAAGAGAAUAAUAUGUCAUUUGUAUUCAACUGUAAAAAUGAAAAUAAUAAAUUAAAGCACUGUUUAGAACAAUGGUAUAAUAACAAAGAUUUUCAAGAAGAAUGUAAACAAAUGUACCUUCAAGAAAGAAGUGAAUUUAGAAGAACAAAUGUACCUAAAAAAUUACGAAAGAUGGAAAAAGAACAAUCGACGUAAUAUAAAUUAAAGAAAUAAUAUCUU